AUGGACCGGAGGAGUUGGCUUUGGCGGAGGAAGUCAUCGGAGAAAAGUCCCGGCGAAACAGAGAGUACCGGCUCCCUAUCCUCUCAUUCUGAAAGAUUCUCAGACGAUCAGAGAUCUCAAUCACCGGAAUUAAUCUCAAAACCUGUGACAAGAGAAGAAGAGGCAACGGCGGAUAUCAAGAUUCUAACGGAGAGGCUCUCUGCUGCUCUUUUAAACGUCAGUUUAAAAGAAGACCUUGCAAAGCAACAUGCUAAAGUUGCAGAGGAAGCUGUUGCAGGUUGGGAAAAGGCAGAGAACGAAGCUGAGGUUCUGAAGCAACAGCUUGAUGCUUCUGCAAGCAAAGUUUCAGCUCUUGAGGAUCGAAACAGUCAUCUUGAUAGUGCGCUCAAGGAAUGUGUGAGGCAGCUCUGGCAAGGAAGAGAAGAGCAGAACCAGAAGAUCGAAGAAGCUAUAAACAAGAAAUCCGCAGAGUGGGAAGCUGAAAAAUCGAAACUUGGAGCCCAAAUCGAGGAGCUUCAAGCUAGACUUCGACCAGGAAAAGAAGAGGUUGUUGUUGCUAAUGAAGAUCUUUACCUAAAGCUUGAGUCUUUAGAGAAAGAGAACUCAGGUUUGAAGCUGAAACUAGUUUCGAAAACAGAGGAGGCAGAGAUUAGAACCAUUGAGAGGGACUUGAGCACUCAAGCUGCUGAGUCUGCUAGUAAACAACAGUUGGAAGGGAUUAAAAAGUUGACUAGACUUGAAGCUGAAUGCAGGAAACUGAGAGUCAUGGCUCGGCGAUCAAAUGAUAACCAAUCAAACAGCUGUGAGAGAGUUUCUUUUAGUGACAAUGAGAUGCAGAGUCCUUCCUCUGUAAAGGUCAUUGGGAAAACGUCAAUGGCUCCUUCAAUAAACAUUGGUUUGAUGGAUGAUUUUCUCGAGAUGGAGAAGCUCGCUGCACAGCCGCAUUCAGAGAGUAACAAGGGAUUAGAGAAACCUUCAAGCCAACAAAAACGUGAACUUGAAACCUCACUUCACAGGAUUUCUGAAUUAGAGGAAAAGGUAGAGAUGGUAGAGGUAGAGAAACUGCAGUUGGAGAUGGCUUUGAAUGGAUCCAGAGAGGAAAUUGAGGUGUUGCAGAGUCGAUUAAUGGAGACAGAGGAGAAGUUAUCCGAGGUGAAGAAACUGGAACCUAAAGCUCAAGAUCUAGAGUUGUCUUUGGGUGAAUCAGGAAAGCAAAUUCAGGAUCUUCAAAGACAGCUAAAGAAAGCACAAGCGAAUCUCUCAGAGCUAGAGACUGCAAGAGCAGAGAACCAGGAUCUAGAGAAGUUGCUGGAUGAAUCAGGAAAGCAGAUUCAUGAUCUUCAAAGACAGCUAAACAAAGCACAAGUGAAUCAGUCAGAGCUAGAGACUGUAAGAGCAGAGAAGCUGGAACUGACCAUAUGUUUAAACGGGACAAAGAAGCAGCUUGAGACAUCGCAAAGUCGGCUAAAGGAAACAGAGAGAAAGCUAACAGAGCUUCAGACUCUGCUGCGUCUAACAAAGGAUGCAAAAGAAGCGGCUGAGGAUGGUUUGAGAGCUGCAAGCGAGAAAGCAGAAGCGGUUGAGUCAAGACUCAGAGAUGUCGAAGCAGAAGCGGAAUCUUUGAUCUUGAAGAUCGAAUCUUUGGAAGAGAGUAGAGAGAAGGAACGUGGUUUAUCAGCAAAGCACAUUUCAAAGUGCCAAGAGCUGCAAGAUGAAAUCUCAAACCUGAAACACGAACUUGAACAUCGUCAAGAAGCAGAGCAUGAGACUAACCAUGUGAUUGCUUUUGAUGAAGAUUAUAAGCUGAAGCAGGAGAAGGAAUUAGCAGUGGCUGCCUCAAAAUUUGCAGAGUGCCAGAGAACUAUUGCUUCGCUGGGUCAGAGAUUACAGUCACUUGCUACACUUGAAGAUUUCUUGAUUGAAUCUUGA